UGUUCUCCCAUUUCUAACCAGUCCGCGCUUCCGAUAGGAGGUUGGCCUGACGGUUUAGGGAACCAAUACGAGGCAAAGCGCGGAGCCGUCCGACGAUAAGCCACAUGCGAAGCCCCGUCUACUCCUGGGAUACUCAGCACUCCUUAGUAACAUAAACGGACUACUUUUGUGUCUUCGUAUUGGAGUUUUUCAACGCUUUUUCAUCCUCCUCUGCCAUCCACACCGACUGCCAUCCCCGAACUCAACAAGAUGGAGAACGACGAUAAAUAUCUCCCCGAACUGCUGGCGGAGAAGGACAGCCUGGACUCGUCGUUUACGCAUGCCAUGAAACUUUUAAACGCAGAAAUCGAUAGAGUGCAGAAAGGAGAGACUAAGAAGGAGACAGAGACCUACCUGGACCUUUUCACAACAAAGAACAUCAAACUCAAGGAACGAGUGCUCAUACCGGUCAAACAAUACCCAAAGUUUAAUUUCGUGGGGAAGAUUCUGGGACCUCAGGGCAACACAAUCAAACGUCUUCAGGAGGAGACCGGAGCCAAGAUCUCCGUGCUGGGCAAAGGAUCCAUGAGAGACAAAGCCAAGGAGGAGGAACUGAGGAAAGGCGGCGAGCCCAAGUUCGCCCACCUUUCCAUGGAGCUGCAUGUGUUUAUUGAAGUAUUCGCCCCGGUGCCGGACGCUUACCUGCGCAUGGCACACGCCAUGGAGGAGGUCAAAAAGUUCCUGUUCCCUGAUAUGAUGGAUGAUAUCUGCCAGGAGCAGUUCAUGGAGAUGAGCUACCUGAACGGAGGCCAGGAACAUGGAGGCAGAGGCCGAGGGGGCAUGCCUAUUAGGGGCCGUGGUGUCCCCCCUGCUGGUGCACACAGGGGAAGGGGGAUGCCUCCUCACGGUGCUGCUGCCAGAGGAGGUGUGACUAGAGGAGGCCCAGCCAGAGGUGGAGCAAUGAGGGCCCUCACAGGCAGAGGAGGACCUCCUGCUGCACCCUCAAGAGGGGCUGUGGCACCACGCGCCAGACCGCCAGCUGGCGGACCACCUCAGAGGAUGGCGCCACCCCCUGCUCACCAGCACACAGCCGGUGCAGUUGCAGAGAAUUACGAUGAAUAUGGUUACGAUGAGAGCUACACAGACACGGCCUACGAGUCUUACGACAGCUAUUACAGUCAGCCGCAGGCAGAACCAGAAUAUUAUGACUACGGACAUGGAGAGACAACCGAGUCAUACGAGUCAUAUGGCCAGGAUGACUGGAACGGCACCCAGCGGACGGCUCCAGGGAAAGCACCUCCCGCCUCCAGAGGUGGCAGCACGGCUUACCGGGAGCACCCAUAUCGACAGUACUGAAGCAGACACUCCACCGUUAGUGUUGCCCUGAUAACGCCUGUCUACCACGGCAGCUCUCGCUUUAAGAAGCCCGACAAAAGUAAUUGUCCGUUUUGUCUUUGGUCUUUUUCCUUCACUGGACUUCUACCUGACAGAGCAAAUUGGGAACUGGAAAUUGGAACUGGUUUUUGAGAUUCGACCACAAACGCCCCCCUCCCCCAUCCUUUUGUCAUACUUCCUGUUCAACAGACCCAGCAGUCUAUCCAGCCAACUAAAGUGGCUUUCCGAUUGGUCAGGAUUCGUGGGCACCCUUUCAAGUUUCCAUUCUGAUUUUUUUUGUUUUGGUUCCUGCUGUAUAUUCUUCUCUUACCAUUCCUAUCCCCCUUUGGCUUUUUUGCAUUGUUUUUUCUAAUGUUUGGGAAUAGUCAGUAAUAGUAGAAUUAGUGUCUCAAGAACUAAUUGUCUAAAGAAUCACUUUUAAUUGUUUUAAAUAUAAAGAACCUGUUAAGGGUCAGUUGCAGAUUCCCAUUUAGGCUACAUUUCAAAAUUCUGUUAAUAUAGCCUAUUAAAAGACCUUUCUAACCUUUUUAAUCCUGUCAUAUCAAAACCAAAACCAAAAAUCCUAAGUUAAGGCUAAAGCAAAGUUAAUGGAAUCGGUGCAAUUCAUUCUCUAUAAUGGUUUGUUUUUAAAUAGUUCUAAAACAAUUGUCCCAUUAGUCUUAGGCAGCAAUAUUUGUUAUUGUGCGUAGAGUUUUGAAAUAUAGCCCUAAUAGACACUGUUGAGAUGGAAUGUCCUCAUAUCCUCAUUUUUUAAUCUACUAAAAAAAAAAUAACAAAAUAAUUGUUUAAUGAGAAUCUGGCCGUUAAACGGCCACUUGGUAAUUUAAAUACAGUUCAGGUCUUCAUUGUGAUUUGAUUCUAUACAAACUGCAUGCACAAAGUCCAAAAAAGGAAGGAUUGGGACAAAAAUCUCCACAUGGGUCUUCUCUUACUGUAGAGAAGGGAUCCUGCAGCUCAAUCCGAACUCUUGUACAUAUUUUAAAAUAUCUUAAUUGUACUUACUCUGCCACUAGUAUCUGUACCCUCUCCAUAAAAUGCAUUAUGCUCCAUGUGUAAGCUUGGCUAAAUAGGUUACUAAAUCUGUCCAAAAGAUGGUUUUUGCAGCAGUUUGUCAAUAAAGCUUAGUUUGUUUUUUUAUGAAAUCUAACUGGCUUUAUUUGUUUCCUGUCCUGUUAAAAAUAUUCUGAGCUGGCCUUUUUUUAAACAGCAAUCAGAUGUAGGUGUUUUCCUUUGUUUCUUAUUCAAAAGCGCUUUUUAAAUCUAAAUGAAUGUAUUGACGUCUGAAGGCUUUAACCGUACUAAAUGAUGUCUUGAAUGAUUAUCAAAAGAGCACAACUUAUUCUCUCUCUCUCUUUCUAUACUUUUUAAAAAGGAGCCAGAGGUAAGACCUCUAAAUUAACCUGGAUAGCUUCCUAAUGUGUAUAGAGUUCUAAAGCAUUGAAUGCCUGGGUAUGUAUGAGACUUUUUCAAUCCUCUUACCUGUGGUCGUAAUCGUCAAUGAGAAUUGCUUUUAUAGCAGGUGAAAAUUAACUGAAUUCAAACCACCAUUCAGGUCUAGGCCUCAUUGUCAUGAAUGAUGCGGGCGCGAUGGCUACUUUAGUAGGGCGUAAUGGCAGUGCAAUGGAGAGGAUGCUUAUAACCUAGACAACUCCACUGUAAAGGUAACCUAACCCUAAAUGUUUAAUUUCUUAGUGUGUUUAUCCUUUGACUUAAACCUGCUGGUAAAUCCAAACACUUUCUUUUUAAAAUAUUCUUACAAUCAUGAGAACAAAAAGAUUCAGUUCAAAAGUAAAGAAAAAAAAAAGUAACUUCUAACAUCAUACACUAGUGUAUUUUAUGUACCAAAAUAACUGUUUGUUUUUCUAUUAAAAUAUGUUAGGGUAGUGUUAAUGCAACUCCUGUUAAAAUGAACAGAGCCAAAUCUGUGUCCAUAUCUUCUGCUGUUACUUUUUAUUUGCUUUGUAAAGCUCUACCGUAGGGUUUAAAAUGUUCCACGUAAAUUUAACUUAAAACAAUGUGAGUUGCAUGAUUUUAUCUUCUCUUGUAGAUGUUGCAUGAUCUGUUUCAAGUUUCUCCCAGUGUUUUUAGACAAGGUGCUGAUUAGUGCUUUGUCCUUCCUUCAGGAACAGUUACUGGUCCCUGAGCAUCCAGAGAAAGGGUCUGCUGGAGACCAAAGCGCCCUCAGAGAAACAGGAGCAGCUCGCCGUGAAGGAAGUGGUCAGAUGAAGCUCUCGGGGGGGGUGGGGCAUCCCGAUGGGGAGGAAUAAAAGACAUUGGAGUAAACAAUUCUCUUCUUUCCUGGAAAGGUGGGGGUGGGUUUGAAUGUGGGUGAGGGAGGGUGGCCAUGUCACGCAAAGAUGGCAGCUGAUUUGGGGCCAAACAGGACCAAAAGCAGAAGCUGUUCAUGAGAGACAAGAACUGUUUAAAGGUAUAUGACUUAUCUCUGGUGAAUUACCAUGCAUUAGUGUUUUGUAAUUUUUUUUCUCAAGUGAAAGCUUCUGUACAGUUUCUCUGCAGACCACCCCAUCUACAAGCAACUGGAAAGCUAGCUUCCCAAUUUCCCAUUAAAUUAGCACUUCUUUUAUUGAACGAUGUGAAACAGAUUUUUUAUUUUCUUUACCCCCGAAUCCGACCUAAAAUGGUUUCUUUUGACUUUGAGUAAGACGUGCCUUUCACAGAGGGUAGGGUCAUAAAAACCCUUCAAAUAUAAAUGUUUUUUUUAAGGAAUGCUUUAAAAAAAAAAUAUGCCUCCUCAUUGCAGGAAAUUAUACUGAGCGGUUUGAGCGCAGAUCAGAAUGUUGAGUUCAUGGCAGGCGCGCACAGAUGCUGCGGGACUGCAGGAUUGCUUCAGCCUCCAGGAUGUCCGAUGCUAAUGCAGAAGCACAUUUGCAUGCGCUCACAUGUACCCUGCCCGCAAAUGUAAAACACUUUCAUAUCCAACGGCGCCCUGUUCUCAGCAGUUUCACAUCCAAGUAUUAUAAUUCAGCGAGAUGGAGCCAAGCGAAGCAGCACGAGAGAAAAGGACAGAGGGUGAAGACAGACAUUGCUAACAUCCCUCCCAUUCAUCCAUCUAUCCAUCCACCAUACUUCUGUUGAUUCGAUCCCCCCCCUCUGCCAUUUUCAGCCAUUAUCAGUGAUGAUAUUACAGCAGCCUGUGGUGCCAAGUUACAUCCAGAGGUCAAGAUUCUACUUUCCUGUAUUAAAAACAAAUUUCCCAGUGCCAAUCCACUGGUCAGAGGCAGCAUUAGCUCCAUUUGGCUUAUUGGAAAAGCUUGCUGCUUAUAGAAUAGAGCAUUAGAUAUCAGGACUGAAACCAUCACAGGAGAUGAAACGUCAACGGGCCAUAUCCAAAACAGACCAUUUUUCAGUCUUUAUGUGCUAUUAUGUCUGAAGUAAUGAUUCCUGCGUCUCCUAUAAUCUAAUGGUAGAUAAGUGAUGGUGUGGAAGCAGUCUCGUUCUGAAUCGAUGAACUGUCAGAAAGCAUAAGGGUGUAGAGGAAAGUAAACGUUACUGUGCAUUGAUCAAUAAAGGUAGACUUGACUAUGAGUGAGCCACAAAUCCGUCAUUCUUGAUGUUUUCCUCACCGUUAGCCAUCAGCGCGCCCUGCCCACGUCUGUUCGGUGCUGUCUCGCCUUGUGGAGGGGGAGAUGUGUUAAAAUGCUGAGAUUGUGCGGGGGGGUGCAAUGGACAGCUGGAUUGCUUCCCCUUGGCCUGAGAGAUUCACACCAUCAGAAGAACAUCGCAUGUUGUUGCCUGUUUAAAAAAGGUGAUUCUGAGCCUCCCUUCCAGAUGCAUCAGGAUGGGCUGUAAACUGGGUGGCUUAAUGUAUGCUCACCUCAUGCCCAGUGUCCUUGAUGGUCCAGGGGAAUUGCAGGAAAAGCUCUGAAGAUUUAUAUUUAUGUGGCUUCUAUGAAUAAAUCCACCGUCUGUGCACUGUUGUUUACACAGUCUAUGUUAAAAAGAAAAGCUCAUAACUUGUCUGGAAGAUACAAAGUGGAGGUCAGUGGCAUGAUUAUUUCUGAAUUUUAAUAAAAGGUAGUAGAAUAAGGUUGUUUAUUUCUAUGUAUUAAUGUGCUACAAAGACCCAAACCUACAGUGUACAGCGCCUUGCCCAAGUAUUCAUUCUUGAACUUUGUCCCGUUAUGUCACAAUCUGACUGCAAACAUCUUUGUAUUUUAUGUGAUAAGCACAAACAGUAUAUAUGAAGUGGAUAAAAAAAUUGUGCUGUUUUAAAAAUGUUUUACAAAUAAAAAUCCCAACUAUGGUGUGCA